AUGCUGGGAUGGGGUGAAAUCUACCACUAUGAACCACUUUGGUGGAAGCAUGGCGUUGUCUACCAAAUCUACCCAGCAUCUUUCAAAGACUCGAAUGGUGACGGUAUCGGCGACAUCCCCGGCGUCAUCUCCAAGUUAGACUACCUGAAAGACCUUGGCAUAGACAUCAUCUGGAUCUCGCCCCAUUAUAAAAGCCCCCAGGUCGAUAUGGGGUACGAUAUUUCCGACUUCCAAGACAUCCAUGAACCAUACGGUACACUUGAAGACUGCCAGCAACUCAUCAGAGAAAUCCACGACAGAGGAAUGAGGGUCAUCUUUGACUUGGUCAUCAACCAUACCUCCGAUCAGCACCCUUGGUUUAUUGAAUCGAAAUCUUCUGCCUCGAGCCCAAAGCGAGAUCGGUACUUUUGGAGACAGCCCAAGAUUGACAGCAACGGAAAUAAGUGUAGGCCGAACAACUGGAGAAGCCAGUUUACUAAGCCGGCUUGGACGUUAACCGUCAACAAAUUCUCUAAGGUUCCAGGUCUACCGGACGCACCAGUCGCCGAACCAGAUGAAGAGACUCAGAUAGCUACAUGCCACUAUGCAAACGGUCCCCGCAUCCACGAAUAUCUCCGCGAAAUGAAGGAGGUCAUGAAGCCAUACGAUGUCAUGACUGUAGGCGAGCUGCCAAACACGCCUGAUCUUGAGGAUGUGUUGAAGUAUAUCUCACCUGGUUCGCAACCUGGAUCUCAGGAAAUCGACAUGGUCUUCAACUUUGACACGGUAAAUCUUGGCCAGACGCCUGGGAAUCGAUUCCUGCCUUUGCCUUUUGACAAGAACGACUUUAAGCGAUGCCUGACAAAAUGGCAGAAGCUUCCAGAAACAACGGGGUCAUGGACGACCGUCUUUUUGGAGAAUCACGACCAGGGAAGAUCAGUAUCGCGAUUUGCAUCAGAUCUUCCAGAGUACAGAGAACAGGCGGCCAAGAUGCUAGCAACUGUUCUAGCUACCAUGACCGGAACACUGUUCAUUUACCAAGGACAGGAGAUUGGCAUGAUUAAUGCCCCUGACUCUUGGGGACGGAUGAGUAUAAGUGCGUCAGGUCUGUCAACUACGUCCAGGACAUUCGAGAUCGUACGAACAAUGAUCCUGCGGCGGUAG